CUCUUUCCACCCAGUUCAGCACGCGCUCUCUUUCUCCCUUUUUCACACACUUUUCACACGCAUUUGACAAAAUAAUAAAAACAAUUUACGAAUUCUAGUGAAAAGUUUUAUACAUUGCCGUCUGCGAAAGGGUUUGCAAAAAGUGUUCAAUUCUCACGAAACAAUGUAAAAGUAUUAAAUAAAAUAUAAAACAGUGUAAAUUCUAUAUUGUCUGCUUUGGUGUAAAAUAUGUCGAAAGUUGCAAUCAAAACAGAGAAGCUGGAUGAUGAGCAGGAGGAGAUUGGCAUUGAAACUAAUGCAGCAGUUGAGGAUGGUGUUGGUAAUCAGUUGGAGCAUGGAAAAGUUGCGUCGUCGACGGAUGUGAGUUAUUUGGCAGGGACAGGUAAAAAACACUUAGAAGUGGGACGGCCGACAAACAUAUCGAUGCGCCAGCAGCAACAACAAAAUCAAGCGCAAACUAAUGUUUCAACUAAUAAAAACAGUGCAAAUGACAAUGGCAGCGGUCUUGUUAACCCCAACCAUGAUACGAUUAGCAACCGAAAAGCUGCACUACCGAACUCGCGUUGUGGUGAAGUCUUUGUAUCCAAUAAUGCACGACAAUGGACUUUUAUUUGCACGUAUUGCAACAAAAGCACACGUGACAUUGGCGAAUUUAUAUGCCACAUAAAAAUUAAACAUUUAGGUGGCUUAGGCGAGGACGGCGAUGAAACGGAUGAUGGUGAAUACGAAGGAAAUCAGCAAUCUAAUUACUAUGAGCAGGAUCAAGACUAUUUUGAUUGCGGCAACUACUUGGACGUGAAUGUGCACACCGAGUCCGAGGAUUACAGUUUAAAUGGACAAGAUCACACGUCACCCUACCGCCCUAUGGGCAUACACAAUCCAAUCAAUGCACAACGCCAAACAGUAGCUCCUGGCGCAGUCAAUAAGCAAGGUGAGCACAACAAAAAACAGGCAAAUGCAAAUAAAAAGCAUAAAUACAAUAAUGCCGAAUAUGAUGUGAACGAUUGUGGGGAUGAUACCGCAUUUAGUAAAGCUAAGGAAUCGGCCUCACAAUGGCGUGCCGAUCCGGCCAGCUUCCAAUCUUAUGCAAAUAAACACAAUUUCAAAUCUUCAACGCCUGAUGUCAAAUUGAAAAACACUGCAAAUGGUAACAACACUAGUGCCUACGAUACCACCGCUGAUUUUACUGCAGGAAAGGACGACUUUGAUACAACCGGCGCUUAUGAGCAUGAUGAUGAAGAGGAUUUUGAUAAUCAGCUAUUCAUUGCGCCCACCGACUCAUUGGAUGCCAGCAUAUUGGGCGGUGGCGGCACUGAUAUGAGUGGCGGCGAAAUGAAGGCUAAGCGUCGUCAAAUACGCGGCACUGCCUAUUGUGCAUUGUGCAACAAAACCUUCCAAUAUUAUUCAUUGUAUCGCAAUCACAUGAUUAAACAUUCGAAUGAGACACCGUUCAAGUGUCCCAUUUGCAAGAAGGGUUUUAAAUCAAAACAAGCCAUACGUUAUCACAUGAACACACAUCAAAAGGAGAAGCAGUUCAAAUGUACCGUUUGUAGCGCUUCUUAUGGCACCGAGAAUCAUUUCAUUGCACACAUUAUGACACACGAAAGCGCAACUGCAUUCCCCUGCAUGGUUUGCGGGCAAGUGUUGAGCAGUAGUAAGGAGCGUGAUCUGCAUAUGGCUAAUCAUAAAGAGGAGCGACCAUUUCGUUGUGACUAUUGCAAUAAACUCUUCCGCUUGAGACAUCAUUUAUCGAAUCAUUUGAAGAUGCAUCGCAAAUACCGUUGUGAUUACUGCAAAGAGAUAUUUACCAGCGCUAUCUACUUGCGUAAACCCUACGCAUGUCCGGGCUGUGUUAAUUUGCCGGAAGCGCAACGUGAUGCCGCAAAUACAGCAAGCGCGAAAGUCGGACGUACAGCCGGUAGUAGCAGCGUGAAUCCAUUGGAAAUUUUCGAAACCGUAAUACCUGGACAACAGCAAGGCAAUGAAUAUGCACAGAUGGUAACAGAUUCCGAAGGCGAGGCGGAAGAUGACGAGGGCGAAGUAGACGAAGAUGACGAUGAUGAUGAUGAAGAUAAUGUGCCACAAGGCACACCAAUGGAUGAGGAUGACGAUGAUAAUGAGAAUGUUUCAAGCAAGCAAGCAGAUGACGAAGAUGAUGAAGAAGACGAACAGGAUGAAGAUGGCUAUGAGCACGAGAAUGAGAAUGGCGCUGGUAAUGGUGAGGGACAGUCAACUGGGUCAUAUGGUGGGGUGGGCAGUGCCAGCGCCAGUGGCGCCGGCCUAAAGCGUUAUGUAUGUAAACUUUGUUCACGCAGCUAUUCACAUCCCAGUGGACUAAAUUAUCACAUACGUCAUAAGCAUUGCUAGUAACGGCGCGAAAGUGUUAAAUCAUUGAAAUUCAAUACUAAUUUAAAUAUUUUUAAGUAAACUGCGCGUAACGGCAGUUUAAAAUAAGUACAGCGGUAUUUUAGACAUAAAUAUGCACAGACUUAUUAAAAUACAUAGUUUUUAGCGAAGUAAAGUGCGGCGCAAAAGCGUGAGAAAGUGGAUUGUAUUUCUUAAAGUUUAAUCCAUAUAUUUUUAAGCACAUAAAUUUGUUCUCCUAAUUUAACGACCACUAUAUCAGGUGACUACAGACUUUAAGGUAUGCUUUGUCAUGCUUGUACAAAUAUUACAAACUACAGUCUUUCCUAAUAAAAAUCUAGUCUAACCUUAAACUGUAUGUACUGCAACUACUUUGUAUUAAUCAUAAAUUAUAUGAUACUCUUUCAAUUGUUCAACUGUUGUGGUUAUGCUUAUAACAGCUUCAUACAGUUUGUCAACAACAGCAGUUUGCUGGAAUUUAAUUGUGUUGCUUAUACAGAUUUGUUCAAAAUUAACUUUUUUUUUGAAGCGUAACAGUCACUGAGACUACAUAUAUACAUAGAUAUAUAUGCGUAUAAAGGACAACUUCGUCUUUACUCCAUUAACGUAAAAAUAUCAACGUUUGUAGUAAUCUAUAGCAAUUGUAUAUAUGUUUUGGUAAUGAGCUGCAUACGAAUUUCUGCACAAUAUUUUCGCUGCACAUAUGCAAUUUUGCAUAAACAAGCACAAUACUCAAAUAAUUAAGUUUAUUAAAUACAUAUAAUCUGCUAUAUAUUUACUAUUUUAUGUAAACACUUGCUUCAUCCAAAGAACUAAGUGAAAUAUGUAAACUCAUUUAAUUUCAAUGUUCCUUGCAUACUUUUGCGUAUUUUUUCAUUAAUAUCAUUGCUAUUUUUCGCACAGAUGACUAGACAUUGUAUUUCCCCCAUUGUUUUCGUUAUAAUAAACAGUAUUCUUCCAUAUAAGCCAUCACAUAAGCAUUAUGAAAACAGUAGUGUAACAGAACUGAUUAUUGUUGCAACUUUAAUAAGCACAUUUAUACUCGUAUGCUGCGUAUACAUACAAACAUACAUACUACAUACAUCCAUAUGUACUAUGUAGCCUUGAAAAGGCCUUAAAGUUAUUUACAAAUUCAUAAAAAAAAAACACAAGUGUUACCCGAAAUAUUGCAGAUUUAGGGAAUUUUUUACUAAAACAAUAAAAUCAGUAACUGCCCAAGUGUUAUUGCAAAAAUUCCAAUAUGUACUCAAUCAUUUAGUAUAUUCAAAACACACACAAAAAAUUGUGUGAAAAUUGUAAUUCAUUCAAAUUGUUAAAAUUUUCGAGCUAUUUUAAUUAUUAUUAUUAUUAUUUGAGUUUAAGUAUAAUAUAUUUUAAGCAAAUCUCAUAUUCAUGGUUUAGUGUAUACUGCUGCGUGUAGUAAACACUUUGUAGUUUGUUAUUAAUUUUAAGUUUCAAUAUUUUAACUUUAAAUACAUAAAAUCACGUGCAGCUUUGAAAUUAUUAGCUAUAAGUUUAUUGUAAGAUUAUAGUGAAUUUAAGCGCAAAAUAUUAAUUCAUAAAGAAAUAAGUUUUAUUAUGAUACAUAUAUCAACUAUUAACGAGUUUAGGAAAAGUAUAAUGCAAAAGACAAGAAGAUUAAUGUGAAAAGAUUAUUAUUAAAAGAUUUAAAUAUGUAUAUUGAGGUUUUUGUUGAAAACUGUUCAAUAUUCCUGUUUCAAAAUUGAUAUAAUUAACAAAUUAACGCUAAAUAAAAUUUCAAAUUAUUAGCAUAAUUAAAUGUAUAAAACCAAUUAUGUUCAACCGUUUAUUUCACAAUUGAUUAUUUAAUUUAAAUUUACUACAUAUGCAUGGACCAAGAUUUUAACGCCUUAAAGCAAACGUAACACUAAUACAUAAUUCAAAUUCGUUGUCACUGACGAGAUAAAGAAUAUAUAUAUUUUAAAAUAUCUAUGCGACUCAAGUUAAUAUUGAAAACUGUCAAAAUAUGCUGUAUUUUAAAAGGCGCUUUAUUUUUUUGCUAAGACUGCGUACUCUACGGUUUUAAUUCACUUGAAGCUGCGCGUAACUAAGUAUAAACUUGUAUUGAAUUAAAUUCUUAGUAAUCAAAAUUGAGAUUUAUUAAUAUCUAGACACAAUAGCAUAGUAAUAGAAAUGAAUAAUACUUAUAUAAUCGUAUUUUUAAUAUGACAAAAAACACUCCUAAAAUUAAAUUAGGGUGUUUAACAACUAAAGCGAAUUCAAAUUGUAAAUACUACUCCAUGAUAACCAUUAUUAAAUAAAAUAUAAAAGCAAGCAAAUUAAAUACUAAUUUAGUAUAUUAUUUAUUUUUUAACACAUAAAUGUUCAAAUCAAAUUGCAGGAAGUAUGGCCAAUGCAAGUAUCAUGUAUAACGCAAGUAUUGUACGGGUAUCACGCACAAGUUUGCAGUGAAGAUAUGAGAUUGACAAUUUACUGAUAACAACGUAUUAUCAGCAUUGUUGUUGUAUAUAAUGAUUUUAGACAGAUAGUUAAUUUGUUUUCUGCAGAAGCCGAUAUUAAAAUAUGUCUAAAUUUGAUUUAGCUAUCUUUUUUUUCUUCUAAGUAAUUUCAAACGUAAACAACAAAGCCAGCUGAUUGGGGGGAAAAUUGCACAGUGUUGCUAACGCCAUGAAAAUUGGCCACACAAGGCAAAAAAAAUUCGCGAACGAAAAAUUAUUUAUAAUUUGCAAAUAUGUGUGUUUGUUUAUUUGUUAAUAUAAAAUCAUUUUAAUAAAAAUAUUAUUUAAUUAAGUUAAAUGUAAUAGAUUAUUUCGUUAAAUCUGCACAAAUUCAUAACAGUUGGGAAUUUGAUGACGAAGUGUUGCAAAACUUUCGUUUCUGGUAACACUUUCGCCAAAUGACGAAGAAAUGUAUGAGACGAUUGUAAAUUUUGCUUUGUGCGGAGGCGAGUUUAUUUUCAUUUUCAUUUCACAUAAUUUAACACUUUUUUGUGACUUUAUAUUUGCAAAAGAUUAUAGUGAAAAGUAAAAAAUUGCGUCUAAAGUGAAAUAUACAAGUAAAAUUGUGUUUUGCAACCAAAUAGAAUAAUUGUGGAAGUCAAGAGCAAAUUGCUAUCAUAGGUUGUCUGGGUCGUCUGGUCAAAGGCAAUUCGCGAUAGACGUAAGUGAAGUGGAAGGAAGUGCUGCAAGGAGGAAGAGGAAGACUACAGUGAAAAGUAAGUGCUUAACUGAAAAACGACACAUAAGACCAAUUGUGUAAAGCAGACACGGUCAGAAAGGGAAGAGAGACAUCAAAAACUGAAAAAAAAUAAUACUUGGAGUGAGAACUUCAGUAAAUGCAAUAGACGGCUGCGACGUCAAUAGCGACAGUGUGAGGCGAUGCAUAAAAACGUCUCUAAAGGAAACUAAAACAAAAAAAAAAAAACAA